AUGCAAUCGUCAACUAAUGGAUCUAACGUGACAGGGAAUUUUACCAAUCAGUUUGUUCAGCCACCGUGGCGAAUUGCUUUAUGGUCAGUCGCCUACAGCUUCGUGUUAGUCGUAGCAGUCUUCGGGAACCUGAUUGUGAUUUGGAUAAUCCUGGCACACAAGCGAAUGCGCACGGUCACCAACUACUUUUUGCUUAAUUUGGCUUUUUCUGAUGCUUCAAAGGCUGCCUUCAACACUCUUAUUAAUUUCAUAUAUGCUGUUCAUGGUGAAUGGUACUUCGGUGACUCUUAUUGCAAGUUCCACAACUUCUUUCCCGUCACUGCAGUUUUUUCCAGCAUUUAUUCGAUGACAGCCAUAGCCGUUGACAGGUAUAUGGCCUUUAUCCAUCCUCUGCAACCGAGACUGUCAGCGAAGGCAACUAAAGUGGUCAUCGUGUGUAUCUGGGCACUGGCCAUUGUGCUGGCGUUCCCCCUCUGCUUCUACUCCACCACCAUGAAGAUCCCCAUGAGGACACUGUGCUUUGUGAAAUGGCCCCGGUCUUCUGCCGACUCCUUCAUGUACCAUAUCAUCGUGACCGUACUGGUGUAUAUACUGCCCCUAGUGGUGAUGGGAAUCACGUACACUAUUAUUGGAAUUACUUUGUGGGGUGGCGAGAUCCCUGGGGAUACAAAUAAAAACUACCAUGGGCAGCUUACGGCAAAGAGGAAGGUGGUGAAAAUGAUGAUCAUUGUGGUUCUGACCUUCGCCUUCUGCUGGAUGCCGUACCAUGUUUACUUCAUCGUCACUGGACUCAACAAACUGCUGAACAGGUGGAAGUACAUCCAGCAGGUCUACCUCCUGGUGAUGUGGCUGGCUAUGAGCUCCACCAUGUACAAUCCCAUCAUCUACUGCUGCGUGAACAGCAGAUUCCGGGCCGGGUUUAAACGUGCGUUCCGUUGGUGCCCCUUCAUUAAAGUGUCCACCUAUGACGAGCUUGAGCUUCAGAUGGCCCGGUUCCACCCCACGCGCCAGAGUAGCAUGUACACCGUUUCCCGCCUGGAGUCCAGCACCGCCGUGGCGUACGACCCCGUCGCCGGGGACAACCCCCCCCAGGCCAGGCUGAAAAGCUGCCCCUCCCUCCUCAGUGGCACCAACGGUUUCCCUAGCAACAUGGGGAGGGCUUCCACCAGCUCCAGCCUGUGUAGCCCCCAUGGCACUCCUGCCGAAGACUUGUCCUGA